CAACUGGUAUUGAUCCGAUUGGUCCGGUGUGUGUUUCAGAUGUGUGUCUGUUGCCCGGAGGUCAGUGUGAAGGGCAUUAGGACUGUGGUUGUUGCUCUAACACACCUGACUCCACACAUCAGCUCUCAGGACAGGUGUGUUAGAGCAACAUGAAACUCUAAGAGGCAGCAAGUCCACAAAUCAGACCUGAGAACAGAUUUACUGCACAACAUGGCAACCCAAACACCAAACUACACUCUGAAAGGUGUUUUAAAUGUGGAAAAAUAGGGCAUCUUGUUCAGGCUUGAAGCUACACCAGCCUCGGACAAACCAUGCUUGUCUGAACCAACCUCGGUGAAGCCCCGCUCAGCUGAACUGACCCUGGAGAGCGUCAGUGACACUGAAACAAAUCAAGAAACGGCCGGCUUGGCUAAACCGGACCGGGAGAGGACCUGCUGCUUGGAAAAGAAAGGCUGGAGCUGCUUGUGGAGGUGCAGAGCUGCUGCUUGGAAACACUCGUCACUACACCCACACAGGUCACUUUGCUUCUCAGGAAGUUCAGUUAAAUGUGGUUCACUAGUCUGAAGAUAUAAAGGAAUUUCUGAGAACAACUAAGUGACAGGAGAACAUUUUCUUCCAGACCAUAACACAACACUCCGUGGUGGAGUCGCCUUGUUGUUUACUCACAAUGUUAUUCAUUGUUCCUGUUUGACUGAAAGUGUGUGUUCGCUCUCACCAAUGCAGUGGAGAAGAUGGUUUUAUUAAAAUAAACGCAACACUGUUAUUGCUAACUGCAACACUGGUGACAUUUUCAUUUUGGGUGGAGAUUUUAACUGUACUAUAGAUAUUUUAGACCGGAACCAUGCAGAACCUCAUGUGGCUUCCCGUAAGCGUCUGUGGGAGAUGAUGGAGGCCCACGAGUUACGUGAUAUAUGGAGAACUUUUAAUAAGACAAAGAGACAGUACACAUGGGCCCACGCCAUAGAUAACUCGCUCUCCCUGGCAAGAUCAGAUCGUUUUUAUGGUUUUAAACAUCAGCUGGCUUUUUUUUUGUUUGUUUGUUUUAUUGUUCCAGUAGGUAUCUCUGAUCACAGUACGGUACAGUGUACUAUAAGUAAAGAGAAUGUAAAGCCUGAGUGUCUACUGGCAUUUUUAGAAGACACUUAUUUUAGAGAGUCUUUUACUUAUUUAUGGAAUUGUUUUAAAUCUGAGAAGGCAGCUUUUAGCUCAUUACAGCAGGGGUGGGAUGUGACUAAGACACAAAUGAAAGAUUUUUGUCAACAGUACAUUCUCGAUGUCACAAGAGACAUUGUUAGAUCUCUGAAAACUCCAAAGUGCGAAUGAGAUGGAUGCUCCACCUAAAUUUUUCUUUAGUGUAGAGCAAAAGAAUGGACAGAAAAGAUUCAGAAAUGCUUUGCGAACAGAAUCAGGGGAUCUCUUAACAGAGCCCACUGAAAUUCGCAGGCAAACAUCAAGCUUCUACGUGAAGUUGUACAGCAGUGAGCAGUCAGGGGUACAGACGGUGGAGGAGAACGUCCUCAUGGACCUGAUAAGCUCUCUGAGCAAACGGCCAGGGAGUUGGACAGGGAGCUAACGCUGGGAGAGCUUCAUGAGGCUCUCCAGUGGAUGGAGAACGGACGGGCGCCAGAUGGUCUCCCUGUUGAGUUCUACAAGGCUUUUUGGACAGUUAUAGGGCAGGAUGUGCUAGAGGCAGUUUUUACUUAAAUACUCGGACGGCACUGUAGAGCAUGUGAAGGGCAGACUGAGCAGGUGGAAGCGGCUGGUCCCAUGGAUGUCCUACAGGGUGCGAACGCUGGUCAUCAACAACCUCGCCCCGUCGUCCCUCUAGCACAAGCUGGCAUGCGUGGAUUUGUUGCCAAACCGCAUUCAGGCCCUGCUGGUGGACUUCUUCUGGGAUGGUCUACACUGCAUCCCUCGGAUCGUGCUGGUCCAGCUAGUCAGCAGAGCAGCAGCAUUCCACCUUCACUGGAUAUAGAGACAGUAUGGAAAGCAGCAGCCUGGAGAGCAGUUGCAUGGAGAGCAGUUGGAGGACUGGGGCUGGACUGGACUUUGUUUUUAAUGGACACCAAAAAACCGGAGGUUUCUGGAUUACCAGUGUUUUAUCAUGGCAUGUUUAAAAUCUGGAACUUUUUUAAAAAACAGAACAAAGGCAGUGGAACACUGUACUGGCUGCUGGAGGAGCCUCUGGUGUAUGGUGGACGCUUGGACAUCUCCAGUGUGGCCAUCUCUGCACUCUCCAGGACUCUUAUCUCAGCAGGCAUCGUGACACUCUGGAAGCUCGUGAACAUCUUGGGAGCUGACCUGUCGAAGGUGGAGGACCUGGCAGCGUGUAUGGGAUUGCUUAACUCUUUCACCACUGGACGUCCUCCCUAACAUCUGAAGAGUGUGUUCAGCUGAUGGACUAUCAGUAUACAGAGACUGGUUGUUGUUUUUUUUACAUGACUUGUGCAAAUAAUGGAUUGGAAAAGUCUCUCUCUCUCUCUCUCUCUCUCUCUCUCUCUCUCUCUCUCUGCGUUGAUAACCUUAAACACAUCACUUACAGGUGUAACUUGUACCAAAGUGAAUAAAAAAAAAAAUCCUAAUCGCACUUUUACUGUGACGUCAUCACUGAGCGCGAUUUUUUUACUUCCUCCUUGAAAAGAUGAGUGUGAAACUGUUUAACCGGUAUAAUUACUCACAGUA